UUAUUAAUAAUAUUCUAAUGGUUGAAGAAAAGUAAUAAGGGAAUAGUAGGGAUAGAAAUGUGAAGUAAUGGAGGCCAUUGUGACUAGACGAUAAAGAGUGUUUUCUGCAACUUCGUAGCUAUAUUGCUUAUUUUUACUGAUCUUGUCGCAAAUAUAUGUAUAUAUGUAUAUAUAUUUAUCGUAUUUAUAGCACAUUCAAACGACAAUGCAAAGAUUUGCUGUUAUUUGUAAAAUUUUUACUUAUUGGGAAAAAUGUGAAAACUGAAAGGAAAUCGUUCCAUGACCGAGCCAAGCUUCGAAAACUUCACACCGGCUGACGUGGUACCUGAAGAGUGGAGUGGACGUUUGACGAAUCGGCCACACUGUAGCCAGUUCCGCGUAAAUGGAUUUCAAGUGGUAAAGUUUCGUUGUACGAAGUUAUUCAACGGGUUUUCCAACAUUUAUUCUUGCAAGUUCACUUGAUUUUCGAGAAAAUGGUGUUGUUAACAAUGAUUGCAAGAAUAGCAGAUGGUUUGCCAUUAGCGGCGACCAUGCAAGAAGACGAACAGAGUGGUAGAAGCAUCUUAGAUUAUCAGAAUCAGGCGAAGAUGUUAUUUAGAAAAUUAGGGCCUCAGUCUCCAGCUAGGUGUACUAUAGAAACAGGUCCAUAUCUAUUCCAUUAUCUGAUCGAAAAUGAAGUAUGUUAUUUGGUGUUAUGUGAGAAGAACUACAGUAAACGUGUAGCAUACAGUUACCUUGAAGAUAUUGCACAAGAAUUUCAUUCUUUAUAUGGUAGACGUGUCAACACAGUUACCAGGCCUUAUAGUUUUAUUGAAUUUAAUACUUAUAUUCAGAAAGCGAAAAAAGUCUUCUUGGAUGGUAGGUCAAGAAGAAACAUGAAUGCACUAAAUACACAGUUACAGGAUGUGCAAAGAAUUAUGGUCCAAAAUAUAGAUGAUGUUUUACAAAGGGGUACUGUUCUUUCAGAACUAGAUACAAAAACACAAAAUUUGUCAAUGUUAUCGCAAAAAUACAAAAAAGACGCGACUCAUUUAAACAGUAAAUCAAUGUAUGUGAAGGCUGUAGCUGGAUUGGUUGCAUUCAUAGUCUUCCUGUUAUAUUUCUUCGUACUUUAGUUCGAAUUAAUUGACCAGUUUGACAUCACUGUGCAAAGACCAUGGAAGUUUCUAAUUAUCCUUGUUUUCUUUCAAGAUUAGCGGUUCCAUUAUAUUUUCCAAUAAGUGUAUGUUAAAUUUAAUUUUUGACAUCAAACGAAAUUGAAACAAUGUACAUAAGUUCUAUUUAGAAAGAAAUUCAUUGCGAUGAAUACGAUAGUAUUGAUGCCGAUUUCAAGACAUUCUAUCAUAUAUAUAUAUAUACUAUAUAUUGCCAUGCAAUAAAUAUAUAGUAGGUAACUGUUUACACGAGUAGUGUCAUGUACAACCAUCAUUUUUUCAAUUAAUAUGAAAACAAUACUAAUAAUUUUGUAAAAAUAAAAGACAAUAUGUACAGCCGUAUUUAUAUUAAAUGAAACUUCGCUAUCAUUUUCAAACAGUGAAAAAAAGCCUCACUUACACCUGUUUGAGGUUGUAUUAGUUAUAUUAUAUAUAUUUUUAUAUGGGGUGGCAUAAGUUAUAAACUUAUAAACGAUUUUUUUGUAAGUAAAGAGAAUAUAUUAAAUUAUAUUUAGUCUUAUGGCUUUAGUAUUGUCUACUUUUUCGGAGAGGGCACCAUUAAGAACGUAUUACAAAUAUUUUAUGUCAUCCAAUUGUAUCGGUCUAUUGAGGUAUCAUAUUUACAGUAAAAAAAUUGAAUUUAUACUAAAUGUACAAUAUGUUUUCUUGUUUAAACCAAGAAAAAUAAAAAUCUUACCAUCUA